AAAAGGUCCAUUGAAUAAAAGAGCCUAGGGGAUCAAAAUCAUCACGUACUAUACGAUGGCGAGCCACUUCUUCCUCGUCUUCAUUCUUGUAAUUCUAACCGUCGCUAAUGGAAUUUCAGCAGCUGACUCUGAAAAGUCUCAAGCGCCAUCUUCAUCAAAGACUCCUGCUGACAACAAACCAAAAGUAGAUAACUCUACAAAGAGUUUGAUUGAUAAUCUUGGUCCAUCUCAAGAUUAUCCGGAUUACGAAAUCCCCUUAGAACUUGCACCAGACGGUGUCGUGGUGGUGGGGGAUUACGUUCCCAUUAGUCCCAUCGGUGGAAGACAGACUCCCGAUACGCUUGCACAACCUGAAGCGGAUCAGGAUGUCAAAUCCUCGACAUCUAGCUCCGCCUCUAGAUCUUCUUCAACCGUUUUGGCUGUUGUUGUUGCGAUGGGAGGAGCCAGCUUGUUUUUCUUUUGAACCGGAGAGGAUUAAUUAAUGAAAUGUUGUUCU